AAACUCCACAGAAGAAAACACUCUGUGGACAUCACGGCCAGCCUGAACGACGCUUCCAGACAAGAGCUGAAGAAAGGGCUGAUCCCCGAGUGCAUGUCGCCGGAGGAGUCAGAAACAGACGAGGCCAGUGACGCCGAGAGCGGCAGUGAUGAAGAAGAGCGCCAGGAACCGAGGCGAAAAACCAAAAAAAUUUACGUCCGGCCAUUGUCAUGGAGAAGCAAACGCUUCAGUGAAUUCCUUGCCAGCCUUGACCGCAAAGCGCAAAGGAGAAGAUCAGACAAGUCAACAAUGAUGACAAUGAAACGUCAAGAGGGCCAAGUUAUAGUAUGCGAUCCUCCUUCAGGCAUUCCAAAUUGGAUGAAAGUUCUCCAGUAA